GCUGUUAAGUCAAUGAAAACAAACACAGGAAGUGUAGUUACACUUUUUAUUGUUUAUUUCUAAUUUUAAAUUAUUUCUGACCGCGAAAACACUACCGAAUCACUUGGAAAAGCGCACCUUCUGGUGCCGAAACUUGAGCGAUGGAGGAAAUAUGCCGAGUUUGCCUGGGCACCUACGAUGAUAUGGUCAACAUAUUCAAGGACACCGGAACACUGGGACCUACAAUUCCGGACAUGAUUGCCCAGUGGUCGGGCUACCAAGUGGAGAAAGGCGACUCUCUUCCUGAAAACAUUUGCUCAAGCUGCUUGCAAGACGCUCAACAGGCGUUCGAGAUUCAACACACCUCCGAGACGGGACACCAAGUCUUGGGCCAAGCCAAGGAACUGGAGGACCUGGGGAAAGAGGACGAAUCCUACACAAUUUCAGACUCUGAGUGCGGGAAAAAACAACAACCAAGAGAGGAAACGAAGGACAAGCUUCUCUUAUCCAAGAAUGAUCAAUCAGUUGUUGAUUUUAACCAAUCCGAUUGUGAGUUUCCAGAGGAUAGUAAGGACAGUAAGAUGUCAGUCGAAGAACUCGAUAAAUCGGAUAACCAGUUGAAAGACGAAGAUGACGUCUUGGGAAUAUCAGACGAUGAAAGCAAACAAUCCGAUUUCCUCGUGGAAGAUGAUGAACUCAGUGAAUCAGUAUCAGUCGGUGAAACUACACCCGAGUGUCAACAGGAAGAUAGUAAUAGUAAACUAGCGAGCGAUAACACGGAUUCUGGCAUUGAUCAAACUUUCCAGUGUCCCUUUUGUCCGAAGAUUUACCCACGAAAGUAUAAUUUAAGUUUGCACCUCCGAAGCCACACUGGUGAGCGACCUUACCUGUGCUCCCAGUGUCCCAAGUCCUUUGUGCACAGCCACAGUCUUAAACUUCACAUGACCAAGCACACUGGGGAGCUGCCGCACAAAUGUGACCAAUGUCGCAUGGCCUUUCGAACCAAAGCGAAUUGUCUUCGUCACAAGCAAAAACACUUGGAGGCUUCUACGGGGUCGUAUCACUGUUCCCACUGCUCAGAAACAUUUGAAAAUCCAUCAGAUCUGCAGCACCAUUUCGCGACUCACAAAAGCAAAACGAAUAAGUGUCCCAAAUGCCAGGUGGUGUGUGUAGAUCAGAUACAACUCAAGCAGCACCUCAAGACUCACGAUGAGGCAAGGCCCUUUAAGUGCACUCACUGCUCCAAGAGCUAUAAGCAUCGGAGCGAGUUCAACCGACAUGUACGGGGUCACACGGGAGAGAAGCAGUUCACAUGUGAUCAAUGUCCCAAGGCUUAUGUGCACAAAUUCCAACUGACCCAGCACAUGCUUGUUCACUCGACCGCACGUCCAGCUAAAUGUGAUUUUUGCUCGAUGGCCUUUAAGCGAGUGUCCGAACUUAAUCAGCACCUAAAGUUCCACAGCGAAGACAGACCAUUUAAAUGCGACUAUUGUCCAAAGGCUUUUAAGUACCAUACUUCCAUUCAGCUGCACACCCGCAUCCACACGGGGGAACGGCCAUAUAAGUGUUCCGAGUGCCCAAAGAAUUUUAAGCAAGCGAGCGACCUGAAGCGACACAUUCGAACCCACACGGGAGAAAGGCCGUAUAAAUGCAGUUUUUGCCCCAGGGCUUUCAUAGAUCUCACAUCGGUUAAGGGGCACAUGCGGACGCACACUGGAGAACGACCCUACAAAUGCACGUAUUGCGACAAGACCUAUUCGCAAAGUUCUACUCUUAAAGUUCACAUCCUGUGCCACAUGGAGGAGUUGAAAGCUGGACCUUCAUAGGACUUCUAAAGUUAGGUGUUACUUUGUAAGGAGAGUAUUCUUCAAUAUAUAUUCUAUACUAAAUUGAAAAAAUACUAAAUAUGCAAUAAUAUAUUUCAAAUACAAGGUUGUAAAAGAGUUUUGAAUAUCUUGGAACUGAAAAAAGUCCGUAUAUUUUAAUUUAACUUAAAAUAAUUACAUAAUUGAUUGCAUUAAAUGGUGGGUCAAGA